CCUCCUCUCUUCUUCCCCUCCUCCUUUCUCCUUCUCCUCCAACCUCAAGUGACCUGGAUAUAUCAGAUACCUUCCUGUUCUGCUCCUGUCAUUCCUCACCAUUGUCUAGCCAACUGUCAUUAUGUUUCACUCUCCAGACCCCACCUCUCCUCCAUCAGUGGAAGGGCUGGACCUGUUGAGUCCCUACCUGUUCACACACAGAGGGUACAACUUUACUGUCGGGGAGACCAACCCCCAGUACAUCGACUCCCUCCAGAGCUUUGAGAUUCAAGAAACAGACAUUUUCCUCGUCUCCUACCCCAAAUCAGGUACGAUAUGGACCCAGCAGAUCCUGGUCCAGGUGGUGGAGGCGGCCCACCCUGAGAGUAGUGGCACCGACCAGAGAUCCACCAAUCUGGAGAAGAUGCCCUGGCUAGAGUACCCAGACACCCACCCCGAGCGCCCGCGCCCCGCACCCAGACUCUUUAUCUCCCACCUGCACCCAAACCUGCUGCCCCCCAGCCUGAGCACCAAGAGACCCAAGAUUGUGUACGUGAUGAGAAACCCGAAGGACAACAUGGUGUCCUACUACCACUUCUGUCAAGUGUGGAGCAAGCUGGAGACACCCAGCAGCUUCCAGGAUUUCUUUGACCAGUACCUGACAGGGAAAAUGGUGGGUGGAUCGUGGUUUGACCAUGUCCGUGAGUGGCACACCAAGAGAGGGCAGUAUGACAUUCUCUUUGUCAAGUACGAGGACAUGAUCAAGGACCUGAGGUCAGUGGUGGUGGAUAUCUGUGAUUUCCUAGGGAAGAACCUGACCCCCUCGGCCAUUGACCGCAUUGUUGAGAAGGCCAGGUUCAAGAACAUGAAAAAGGAUCCAAAAGCCAACUAUGAGUUUCUGCCCAAAGACGUGCUCGUUCUGGAGAAAGGACAUUUCCUACGGAAAGGUACCAUAGGAGACUGGAAGAACUUGUUGACGGUGGCUCAGAGUGAACGCUUCGACCAGGUGUUUGAAGAGAAGAUGAAGGACCUGCCUCUAAGGUUCACCUGGGACAUCAACAAACAUCACAGAGCCACCCAAACCAUUGGUCCCGGAGAUCACCUGUCACUAUAGUGUGGCCUCCCGAGUGGCGCAGUGGUCUAAGGCACUGCUAGAACUGAGGGGCUCUGUGGUCUACCCCAGAGGAGACAGCAUUCCCCGGAGCACAGAAGACAGUAACCCAGAAGUGGUCUCCUGGCGGAGACUUGUUUCUUUUCUUUUUCUUUAUGGUUGUAAAUAAACACCCUUGAAACUGA